AUGGGGUUACUCCAACCUAUUGAUCUACCCAGAAAGCCUUGGGAGGAAAUUACAUAUGACCUGAUUGUUGGCCUUCCUAUUUCAGAGGGAUAUGAUGCAAUACUCACAGUGGUGGAUAGACUAUCCAAGAUGGUCCAUUUCAUUCCUACCACCUCUAAAGCCACUGCUGUUGAUGUUGCAAAUCUCUUUGUAAACUUCAUAUGGAAACUCCAUGGGCUGCCCAGAAAAACCAUCUCAGAUUGUGGGCCUCAAUUCAAUGCCAAAUUCCUGCGCCAAGUAUACAAGCGUUUGGGGAUAGAGCCACACUUCUCAACAGCCUACAGACCCCAAGUGGAUGGGCAAAGUGAGAGGUUAAACCAGUUUGUUGAAAUCUUCCUAAGGCACUAUCUUAGCCAUAGGCAAGAUGACUGGGUUGCUCUCCUUCCCUUGGCAGAAUUUGCAUAUAACAAUGGGGUUCAUGCUGGGUCCAAACACUCUCCUUUUUACCUCUGUUAUGGGUACAAUCCAGAUUUCACUGUUGGGGAUAUUACUGUUACCCAAGUCCCUCAAGCAGAUGAACUGGCUGAGUUCUUGAAGAGAAACCUGGAGGAAGCCAAAGCUGCAUUAACCAUGGCCCAGAACAAGCAAGCCUUCUACUAUAAUAACAAGCACAAGGCAGCAAUCAAGCUUGAACCUGGUGAUAGGGUCUUCUUAGACAGCAGCAAUAUCAAAACUUCAAGGCCUUCCCACAAACUUGAGCACAAGAGGUUGGGACCAUACAAAGUCUUGGAGAAGAUUGGCAAAGAGAGCUACAAGUUGGAACUUCCAAAAUCUAUGAAGAUCCAUCCAGUAUUCCACACAGCUCUACUCCACAAGGAACCCUUUGAUGAAUUCCAGCGCAAACCCAAACCUUUGCCUCCUGUAAUUACCCAAACAGGAGAAGAAGAAUAUGUGGUGGAGAAGAUCUUGGAUUCCAGGAAGCAAGGAAGGAACCUGUGGUACUAUGUCAAGUGGAAAGGGUAUGGACCAGAAGAGAACACCUGGGAACCCAAAAGUCACUUGGCCAAUGCACCAAAACAGGUUGCCAAAUUCCACCAGCUACACCCAGAUGCACCUGGGCCUUGA